AUGCACCAUCUACUCGUCCCAAGGACCGAUAACAGAGACAAGGUCUAUCUCGACAGAAUAGUCCCUCUCAACGACAAGGCCAUCGCACUCGCACAAGCCGGCGACCACCAGAGCGCCGAAGAGCUCUAUCGACGGCUUCUUCGCCUCAGCCAAAGUCUCCUUGGACCCCAUCAUCGCGCGACCCUCACUAGUAUCAACAACCUAGCCACUUCGUUAAGCAGGCAGGGCAAGUAUCGAGAAGGCGAACACUUACAUCGCGAGGAACUGAGACUGAGCAUCGAUCUGUUGGGCGAGGCGCACCCAGACACCUGGGCCAGUAUGAACAACCUCGCGGCCGUGCUCGUCGACCAGGGAAGGGACGGCGAGGCGGUGCGUGUGCUGCGUCGUGUCGCAGCCAUCAAGAGAGACGUCUUGGGAGAUGGUCAUCCCUCGACCAAAUCGAGUGUCGACACGCUACGUCGGCUUGUGGCGAACUGUUGA